CGUCACACAUGCUGUUGCUAUGCAGAAUAUAGGCUGUUCGGGAAAUGACAGUUACGCGAAGAAGCUGUAAAAAGGACGAAGGUCCAAGGGUAACACAUUUCACAGUGCAACAACGACUACGCCCCGGUGUGCGGCUCCAACAACAAGAACUACCAGAACGAGUGUUUCCUCCGCAGAGACGCCUGCAAGCUGCAGUCUGAAGUCCUUAUUAUGUCAGAGGGAGACUGUCCUGCCGAUGCCGGGUCGGGAUCGGGAGACGAUGGAGGCGAAGGUUCAGCCGAGACCGGCCAGAAGGAGACGUCCACCUGCGACAUCUGCCAGUUCGGAGCGGAGUGCGACGUGGACGCCGAGGACGUUUGGUGCGUCUGCAACAUCGACUGCUCUCACAUCAGCUUCAACCCGGUGUGCGCCUCCGACGGACGCUCCUACGACAACCCCUGCCAGGUGAAGGAGGAGUCCUGCCAGAAGCAGGAGCGCAUCGAAGUCAAGUACCUGGGCCGCUGCCAAGGCGACAUCACCACUGGGAGCAAAGGAGGCGGACACUUUCCUCACACAACGGAGGACUCAGGGACAGGACAGGCCCGCGGCUUGUACAUCCCCUGUCCAGAUCACUACAAGAACUACUGCGCCCAUGGAGACUGUCAGUUCCCCAACAUGGUCUCCCAGCCGUCCUGCAGCUGUCACUCAGGCUACAUGGGCCCUAAAUGUGACAUCAAAGAGUACAACGUGCUGUAUGUGGUGCCGGGCUCUGGGAAGCUGCACUACGUCCUGAUCGCCUCCAUCAUCGGAGCCCUGCAGGUGGUCAUCAUCUGCGUGGUGGUGCUCUGCAUCACCAGGAAGUGCCCUCGGACCAACAGGAUCAACCGGCAGAAGCAGAACAAUGUCCACUUCAGCUCUGAGAACACCAUGCGCGCCUCCACUCGUCUUAUCUGAGCCCAGACUCGCCGGACAGCGUCCAGGCCCCCGUUCCCCAGCGCGACGCAGCGCCGUGGCGUUAGAUGUUUCCUUCGUAGGCCAACCCUGACCGUUAGCGUCCGCCUCCCUUCGCUCGGCUCCCCGUCUCCUGGUACUAACGACCACAGAGGACGCUGGCACAGCGACUUGUACAUCGGGACGAUGUUGUCGCCAUCGGACGCCGUCUCCCUUUUUCCGAGGAUUUAUUUUCUGAAAAACUGCAGGAGGAGAUGGGGGGGCGGAGGGGAGGCGUCGAGGACACUGAAUGUGAGUGUGUGUGAGUGUCUUAUUAGAUGUGUGCGCUUUGGUAGAGGCCGACUAGCCGGCGUCUGUUCUUUGUAGACGAGGGGCAACAAGCAAACCGGGGGUAGUGCAAAGCAGGGUACCGGGGCUUUAAUAACCGCAGUGUGUGUUCAGUGUGGGAGGGGGGAGGGCGGGGUUGGGGGUUACACGUGAUGCCUUGCACCUUGUGUUAUAGGAGACCUUUGACGGAGGGCACAACGUCAUUCUAGAGCUCUCCGUUCGGUUGUGACGACCACGUCAGCUACUGUAUGUUGAGUUCUAUUUCCAAUAGUUAUUACGACAUUGUCUUGAUGGGGUCCGUUUUUUCUGUAAAUGUAAAUAAAUAAUUUAUAUCACGAAAUGUUUA